AUGGCGACCCCACAACAUAUAAAUUUAUUGAUAAGAAUUGACGAACUAUGUAAAGAUUGGUCAUCGAGCCAUAAAAGAUCAUGUAUGCUAUUUUCAUCUAAUGUCACGGAUUCAAUGAUAUUUCAGCAUGAAAUCUUGACUUCAAUUAUUUAUAAACAAUCUUGUGAAAUAGAAAAUUUACUUUGUAAACUUCAUCAUAUUCUUAAUAAUGAAUUCGAAGAAAUAUUAAAAUCUAUGCAAACAAUACAAUUACAAAUAGAAAAGAUUUUUUCAAGUUUAUUUUAUGGUAGUAGUAGUAAGAAUGUUACACCGCCAUCAUCAUCGUCAUCAGCUAAGAAACAAAAGAAAUCACAAAAAUCAAAUCAAAACAAGAAACCAAUUUCCACCAAAAAAUCAAAACCAAAAUCAAACAAUUUAAAUCCAACGAGUAAUAAUAAUGAUAGUGAUGUUAAUGAUGUAGCAGACAUAUCAUUAUCUUUAUCACAUUAUUAUAUAAAUUGUAUAGUAGAUAUUUAUGAACAAGAAAUGGUUUAUAAGCGUGCUAUAAUUCUAGGAGGAGCGUUGAAACUUGAAGAAAGUGAUGAAGAUGUCGGUGAUUUGGUUGGAUCAGUUAAAAAAGUUGUCGAGAGAUGGAGUGUACAACAAUUUUUGAGAUUUGAAAUUGAAGAAGAAAUGGUUGAUAGAAUAAAACUUUGGAAAAAAGUUAAAGAAUAUGAUAAGCGUAAAGAAAAAUGA